AGCGCGAAGAGGCGGGGGUAGAGCGUCCGUCACGGCUAACGGACCGUCGAGUAGAGCGGAUCACAUUCUCCGAGCCGUCGAACCGCGGCACCUCGCAGAGCAGGGAUCAUGGACUUCUAACCGAGCUGCUGAAUCAAACUAUCAUACAAAUUAUUCACCCUAAGGCUUAGGAUCCUUUUUCAUUUAAGGGGUUAUCCAUGAGAUUCUUCAGGCUUACCUUUAAGUGCUUCGUCGACUGCUUUUGAAUCUCCUCCUUGUCAACGGCUCAACUGACCGCGGCGCUUUGUGACAUUUUUUCCAUCUCUUUCGGCUGAGCUGAGGGGUUCCAACGUGUGAUAUAAAAAAAGAAAAAAAAAAAACUGAUUUUUUUAUUUAUUAUUAUUUCAGAAAGAAGAAAUAACAAACUCAGAAACCACAAGAACAAUUGGAGCAGUGUAACCUACAUUGUGGCUACAUCUCUCUGUCACCCCCUCUGAGCCAGCCGGGUACAUUUUUUUUAAAUCCAGAUAUUCUUAAAACCUAAAAGCUUCCUCCCUGCCAUAACAAAAAACAACCAGCUCAUCCUUCGCUUAAUAUGUCACCUGAGUUGGAAGAGAACAGCCAAGAUGAAAUCUGUGUCUCCCAGAUGGAGGCAGGGGCACUGUCCGAGGAGGAGGGCGGGGGGUCAGCUCGCCCCCUGGUGCCGGUGCUUGGUUCCGACCCAGGGUGUGGAGGGGGUGGAGGGGUAGGCCCACCGCAGACCCAGGACGGGGCUGCAGCAGGGACAGGAAACGGGGCUGUGGCAGGACAGGAAGGUGAGCGAGAAACCUGGACCAGACAGAUGGACUUCAUCAUGUCCUGCGUGGGAUUCGCCGUCGGCUUGGGCAACGUGUGGCGGUUCCCUUACCUCUGCUACAAGAAUGGAGGAGGUGGCUACAAAUUGACAUCCUGUUGCAGACGGGUCCCUUUUGGACCAAAGAAGACGGGUACAAAAUUACCAAAACCACAGAAGUACAAAAUAGCUAUGAAGAAUGUGUGUUUUUCAGGGGUUUUCCUGAUCCCUUACUUGCUGAUUGUGUUCAUUGGGGGAAUCCCUGUCUUCUUCCUGGAGAUCGCACUGGGCCAGUUCAUGAAGCAAGGAGGAGUCUCUGCGUGGAACAUCGCUCCCCUCUUCAAGGGUCUGGGACUAGCAUCAAUGGUGAUUGUGUUUUUCUGUAAUACCUACUACAUCAUGAUACUGGUCUGGGGCCUCUACUUUUUCUUCCACUCUUUCACUAACCCACUGCCGUGGGCCACCUGCGGACACCCUUGGAACACCCCCAACUGCACACAGGACUUCAGACGCGCCUGCCACAACCGCAGCUCCCUGCCACCACCAGCUGCCACCCCUUCUAACCUCCUGUCCACCCCACCCCCGCUGAACCUGACCUCAUCCCUUCUCCUGAUCAAUAACAGCUGCAUGGAGACUGAGGGUCUGCGCUCCCCAGUCAUCGAGUUCUGGGAACGCAAAGUGCUUCGCCUCUCUGCAGGUCUGCACGAGCCUGGUGUCAUCUGCUAUGAGAUGGUGCUGUGUCUUAUGGCCACCUGGGUUAUUGUUUACUUCUGCAUGUGGAAAGGAGUGAAAUCUACUGGCAAGGUUGUGUACUUCACAGCACUGUUCCCCUACCUGGUUCUGGUGGUUCUUCUGGCUCAUGGAGUCACCCUACCUGGAGCUUUGGAUGGAAUUGUUUACUACCUAAAACCAGACUGGUCCAAACUGGGAGAAGCACAGGUGUGGAUUGAUGCUGGCACUCAGAUUUUCUUCUCCUAUGCCAUCGGACUUGGUGCCCUAACUGCGCUGGGCAGCUACAACCGCUUCCAUAACAACUGCUACCAGGAUGCAUUUGUUCUGGCUCUUAUCAACAGUGGAACCAGUUUUUUUGCUGGCUUCGUGGUGUUCUCUGUUCUGGGCUUCAUGGCUGCAGAACAAGGAGUGGACAUCAGUAAGGUGGCUGAGAGUGGCCCAGGCCUGGCUUUUAUAGCCUACCCCAAGGCUGUGACUCUAAUGCCUCUGGCACCGCUUUGGGCAGCGCUGUUUUUCUUUAUGUUACUCAUACUUGGACUGGACAGUCAGUUUGUAGGGGUAGAAGGCCUGAUAACAGGAAUCAUGGACAUGUUGCCCCCUAAAUCUGCCAUUGGCUCAUUGCGACGAGAAGUAGUUGCUGCCAUCUGCUGCAUGAUCUGCUUCCUUAUUGACAUGUCCAUGGUCACAGAGGGAGGAAUGUAUGUAUUCCAACUUUUUGACUACUAUUCCGCCAGUGGCAUCACUCUGCUGUGGCAGGCAUUCUGGGAGUGUGUUGUGAUCGCAUGGGUUUACGGCGCAGACCGUUUCAUGGAUGACGUGGCUCGUAUGAUUGGCUAUCAGCCCUUACCCUACAUGAAGUGGUGCUGGUCCUACAUCACGCCUUUUGUCUGCGUGGGAGUGUUUCUAUUCCACGUGGUCAACUACAAGCCCCUGACCUACAACACGGUGUACACCUACCCUAUAUGGGGCGAAGCAGUUGGAUGGGCACUGGCUCUUUCUUCUAUGCUCUGUAUUCCUCUUACUGUUCUCUACAAGCUACUGCGAUGCAAAGGAUCGCUGCGGGAGCGAUGGCAGCACCUAACUACCCCUGUCUGGGGCAGACACCACCUGGAGUACUUGGCGCCAGAAAGCGAGGCCAAGCUGCUGCCCGCUGCAGAGACAAAGAGCACCCUCCUCUUUGAGAGUGUAAUCUGACGACCUGAGCUCUGAUGUCGGCAACAUGUCCACAAAAACACGCACGCCCUACAUUGGCCUUGUCUGAACUAAACACAAAUCAUUAAAACACUCUACACCUUUAAAUUUACAAAAAAAUAAAAAAAAAAGAUCCUGGGUAAACGGACCAAAGAAAACACUGAAGAAGAACCGAAACACACCUGCAUUCAUGAAGUUACACCCUCUGCUCUGUUCUUUCACUCUACCUCGCUGGCUCCCUGCUCUCUUUCCGUCCCUGUCUUUCUGCCUUUGUGCUGUCUAGUCUCUUCUCGUAUUGUAGGUGUUAUCAUGUCCGCCAUAGCAGCUGUAUCUCCCCUAUCUGCACCUUUCUGUCAGUAUUUAUAAAGCCUCAGCUGGCCCUCAGUCAACAGGGGAUUUUAUUCCACACGAGCAAAAACCUCUAGUUAAAACCCAUCAUGUCUGCUGCUGAAAUCCCAUCGUCUUAGUGUGUAUGCGUGUAGCUGCCUGUGCGCCCAUGCCUGUGUACCUGCACAUGUGUGGGCAUUUGCAUGUGUAUGCAAGGAGUGCGUGUGUUGGACCAUGGCAGUGUUAUCUUAGAUUACAUGUAACAUUGCCUUUGGAAAGUAAUUUCUGACAACUGUUUUCACUGCAUUAGGUGUAACAAAAAUGACUUCCAUUUGUAAAAAAGAAUAGAUGUAAUCACAAUAAGGCAAUGCCUCACCACUUCCAGCUUUGUAUUACAAACUAACUUAAGUAUCUUGUGUAUUGUAGGUCUGUGAAUCAGUGUUAUUUUUUGGAGGGGGUUAAUGAUGAUCAUUUACACAUUUGGAGGAGAGAAACAUCCACCUGAGCUGUGUACCAAGCACGAGAGAGUUGUGGGGAUGGAACAGAAAGAAGCAAUAAAUGAUCAGAUAAAGA